AUGUCCAUCCCCACGAUCGACCUAAGCCUCGCAGCCGACGCAACGACGCGGCCAGACGUUGUUCAAAAACUCCGACACGCACUGCUCGAAGUUGGAUUCCUGUAUUUGACGAACCACAGCGUCGAGGAGUCCACGAUCCAGGAUCUGAUCGAUAUCCUCCCCACGCUGUUUGCGUUACCGGACCGUGUCAAGGAGUCGGUGGCGCUCGUGCAAUCGCCGCAUUUCCUGGGUUAUAGUAGGUUCGGCGCAGAGACGACGGCCAAGGUGCAGGAUGAGAGGGAGCAGUUCGAGUUUGCCAAUGAAUUGCUCGAUCGGUAUGGUGAUGGAAGUGGUGCUGGUGGGAUGACGCGAAAACUCCCAUUGUAUGUGAGAUUGCAGGGUCCGAAUCAGUGGUUGGCGUCGGAGGAGCUUCCGCACCUUCGACGGGUCGUGGAGAAGUAUAUUGAGGCGCUUCAAGAUCUUGCGAGGAGGUUUCUGGAUGUUGUGACGGAGGCGCUGGGCCUUGAGGCUGGGACUCUGUCGGCGUUCACGGGCCCGCAGGAUCGGAUCAAACUCGCGCAUUACAGGCCUGCCGCUCAUGCUACUCUCGAUGCACAGUCGCAAGGCGUUGGCCCGCAUAAAGAUAGUAGUGGGUGGAUCACGUUGCUGCUGCAGGCGUCUGAUCCGUCGAUCAAGGGGUUACAGGUGUUGUCCAAGGACGGCAUAUGGCUCGAUGCGCCACCUGUGCCAGGGUCGUUAGUAGUGAACAUGGGCCAGGCCUUCGAGGUGGCUACGAAUGGAGUGUGCAAGGCUACGACGCAUAGGGUUCUACUGCCGCCGGGGGACUACGACCGGUACAGUGUGCCGUUCUUCCAGGGUGUGAGGCCGGAUUUGACCAAAGAUGAUCUGAAGAUCUUGUGGGGGCAUUUUGACAAGGAGAAAUGGAAGACGAGGGAGUCGGAGGAGGGCCAGAGGAUUGAUAGUCCAUUUUUGAGGGGGAACUUUGAUACCUGGGGUGAAGCACAGUUGAGAACCAAGAUUCGCAGUCAUAGGGAUGUUGGGAGGAAGCAUUAUGCUGAUGUUUUGGAUAAGUACAUCAAUGAUGAGUGA